CAACCCCUCUGUGACAUCAGCCCUGGGCCAGGGGCACUGUGGGUGCUGUGGGCACAACGCUGGAGGUGACCCCUCGCUCCUGGCACUGCCCCGUGCGCUGCCACCGAUGGCUUGGCUGUGGCUCCUGGUCCUGCUGGCCCUGGCCGGGCCCGUGGGUGGCACCUGGGACACCUGCGGAGGGACCUGCGGGCUCCGGCCCAUGGCUUCCGACCACAACUCCCUGCUGCCCGACUACGGCCCCGCGGCCUUGGCCGACGGCACCUCCCGCAUCGUGGGGGGCUCCGGGGUCCAGCCGGGGGCCUGGCCCGGCAUCGCCAGCAUCCAGGCCACCUGGCAGAACGGCACGUGGCACAUGUGUGCAGGGGCCCUCAUCCACCCCAAGUGGGUCCUCACGGUCGCCCACUGCUUCUUUGGGGCCGGAGAUGUCUCCAAAUGGGAGGUGGUGAUCGGGGCCACUGAUCUGACGGAGCUGGGCCCUGCAGCUGAGCUGCGGCACAUCCAGAGGCUCCUGGUGCACCAGCACUACGCCCCUGCCUUGGCAAGGAACAACAUUGCCCUGCUGGAGCUGGAUGAGCCUGUGGAGUGCAGUGACUACAUCCAGCUGGGCUGUGUGCCCAACACCCCCCUGAGCACGUCACACCUGAAAACCUGCUACAUCGCGGGCUGGAGAACCACCCUGGACAGUGCUCUCAGACCACGCCUGGUGCUGCAGGAGGCCAAGGUGCGGCUCAUCGAUGUGCAGCUGUGCAACAGCAGCCGGUGGUACGCGGGGGCCGUGCACCCCCACGACCUGUGCGCUGGGUACCCGCGGGGCGGCAUCGACACCUGCCAGGGGGACAGUGGGGGUCCCCUCGUCUGCAAGGACCACAGAGCCGACCACUUCUGGCUGGUGGGAGUGACCAGCUGGGGAAAAGGCUGUGCUGGGGACAAAAGACCUGGGAUCUUCACCUCCACCCAGCAAUUCCACGACUGGAUCCUGCUCCAGAUGGGAUUGCUCCCAGCAGUAAAAGCCACUCCAAUGCCAGAGCCAACCACUGCCUCGACUCCUGAGCAGAAUCCAGAGCCAGAGGCCAGCCCGACCCCUACGGAGAUACCAAUGAAGUUGGACAAUUUUACACCCGUUUCAAUCCAGCAACAGAUCCUGGGGCAAUUCUUUAACCUGCUCCUGGAGCUCCUGCAGUUCCUAAAGGAAAAAAAGACUUGAACAGUUGGAGGAGCAGAUCCAGUUCUGGCUGCAGUGGACUACAACCAAUCCCUGAUGGGACCAAGACCAUUCCCUGUUGGGACCACGACUGUGGGGCAAAAAGUAGCCCCAGUGCCCA